UCCCGCGGCGGCGGGGCGGAGCGGGGCCAUGGCGGCGGCGGGCGGCGCGCAGCGCUACUUCACGCGCUGGUACAAGCCAGACGUGAAGGGGCGGCCGUGCGAGGACUUCUGCGUGCUGCAGCACUCCAACAGAAUCUGUGUUAUCACCUUGGCAGAAGCCCAUCCUCUUCUUCAAAAUGGAAAAACAAUUACAAGCAUUAAUUAUCAAAUCAGCACCAACUGCAGCAGACUCCAGAAUAAGGUCUCUGGGAAGUCAAAAAGGGGAGCUCAGUUUUUAACAGAACUUGCUCCUCUGUGCAGGAUAUCUUCAUCAGAUGGAGAGGAAUACACCAUUUACAGUUGUAUACGAGGACGACUGAUAGAAGUGAAUGAAAACAUUCUUAGCAAUCCAGCUAUUCUGCAAGAAAAGCCAUCAACCGAGGGAUAUAUUGCAGUGGUUCUACCCAAAUUUGAAGAAAGCAAGAGUGUAACUCAGGGACUUCUAACACAGAAGGAGUAUGAGGAAGUUUUGCUGAAACGUCUUAAUUCUGCUUAAUGAAUUAAUUAUACAGCCAUAUUCUGCAUUUUAUACUAAAUAAGCUACUUUUAUUGUACAUUGUAACUCAUGAUAAUCAAAAGGCUUAGUGCCUGUUUUUGAAAGUGGAAUUUCAACACUUGAUUUAUACAACCAAUAAAACAGUUCAAAUAGUUUGUAUAUUAAAA